GGGACGGGGUGAAAUCAAUUAUUAAUAAAAAAAGGAAAGCGAGAGACGAGGGCAGCCCGGCUCGGGCGGGUCCGGUGCGCUCCAGCGGCGCCGGGCAGGAAGCCUGCGGCCGGAGCACCGGGGGAGGCUCCGAAGGAGCGCGAGGGUCAUGAGGAGCAGCUGAGGGACCUGGGGCUGCUCCGUCUGGAGGCUGAGGGAAGACCUCAUCGUUCCCUGCAGCUCCUGGAAGGAGGUUGUGGUGAGGUCCUGCCCGCCCUGUGGCAGUGGCAGGAGGACUUCGCCCCCUGGAAGACACCACACCGUGAGGGCCUGCUGUGAUGCCAGCAGCUUCCGUGCACACUGCCUGAGCGUGCCAUGGCAGCCCUCUGCAGCGUGCCCCCUGAAAUCCUCGUCCCGGCCACCAAUGAGACACUGGAGCUGGCGCUGGGGAGCCAGGUCGCGCUGAACUGCACCGUGCGCUGGGCAGCAGCUGAGCCCUGCGAGCCCAUCCCCACCUGGAGCAAGGACGGGCAGCGGCUGGGCGGCGAGAGCAGCCAGGACACCGCCUGGUUUGCCCAGAAUGCCUCGGAGAGGCUCCUCGCCAGCGUCCUGCAGCUCAACCUCACGCACGAUGCCGACUUCGGAGUGUUUGCCUGCUGGGUCAGCAACGCCACAGCCACCUUCACCCUGCGGCGAGUGGAGGCGGUGGGGCACGUGCCUGCGGUGCUGGCAGCCCUCAUGGUCCUGGCGCUCCUGUUGCUCCUGGCUGGGCUCUAUGUCCGCUGCCGCCUGAGUGUGCUCCUCUGGUACCGGAACCGCUACGGCGAGCUGGAGAUCAAUGAUGGGAAGCUGUACGAUGCCUACGUCUCCCACACCACCGCCCCAGAUGACCGCAAGUUUGUCCACUUCAUUGUGAAGCCACAGCUGGAGAACCGCUACGGCUACAAGCUCUUUCUGGAUGAGCAAACCAUCCUGCCUAACGCAGAGCCAUCGGCCGACCUGAUCAUGAACGUGAGCCGGUGCCGGCGUCUCAUCGUGGUUCUCUCCAUCGCGUACCUGGAGCAAGACUGGUGCAACAGCAGCUUCAGGGAAGGGUUAUGGAGGCUGCUGGAGCUUUCCAAGAAACCCAUCUUCAUUGUCUUCGAGAGCCAGUACCGGGAGAUCUCCCACCCUGCCAUCAGCCUGCUGAAGCAACACCGGAGCUCCAUCACCUUGCUGGUGUGGCGAGCUGGCUCCAUGACCCCUUCGUCGGACUUCUGGAAGGAGCUGUGCCUGGCCCUGCCCCGCAAGGUGUCCUUCCAGGGGACCAUGGGGGACCCGCAGACCCAGCUCAUGGAGGACAAGGACCCAAUGCUGAUCCUGCACAGCAGCUACCUGGACACCAGUGAAGACCUCCACCCAGACGGGGACCUCGGUACAGGCCUCCGAGGGGCUUUCAGAAGCCCCCCGCCUCCCCGCAUCGGUGGCCCCCGCACCCCUGUGGCUCCGUCUGCCGGUGUGACAGAGGACGCACGGCUGAGAGACGGCCAAAGAUCUGAGCUCGACAUCUCAGAUCUGGGAUCGCGCAACUACAGCGCUCGCACAGACUUCUACUGCCUGGUGACGGAGGAUGACAUCUGAGUGGACCCAGACCUUGGCCAGAGGAGCCUUGGCUUUGAAAUGGGACUUAAACCAAGGUCUCGGUGGGAAAGAUAGGAGCUGGCUCCUUCUGGCAACACACUCCAUGGUGGAAAACCAUCACCAGGCGACACCCCUGCCUGCAGUGCCUGGGACCACUUCGUGCUGGGUUCCCCCUUCCUCUACAUGGAUGGCAGGGAUAUUUUCCCUGCAUGAUGGACGAGCAUUGGGAUGGGUGAUGCCCUCUAAGGAGGAACAUGCCCCUGCCUCACUCCCAGCAGGAGCCUCACUGCCCAACAGGAGCAGUUGCAGCACCCCCUCUCCCACGCACCCCCUGUGGCAAUAAAAUGCUGCUCUUCCGAGCAGGUCUUGUCCAUCUGCAGG